AUGACAACUAUACCUUCCAAAGCGGAACUCAUGGUAGCCAUUACACAGGCUGAGAAACCCGACAGACUCACACAUCAAGAAAUGUAUGAAGAAUUGGGACGAAAGCACCCGAACUGGGGUCUAAAUAUCAAGAGAAUCAAGAAGCUGCGAGGCAAAAGAAAAGACGAGGAAGAAGAAGAGGCAUGCAUCGCCAUGAGAAUAUCCAACAACAUCACACUCUCAAUGAGUGUAACUGCAGGAUUACUACUGUUGCUAGGAAAUCUUGAGCCAAUUAGACAUUGCUGGCCCAAUUGCGAUAACGAAGCCCUAGAACUGAUAGAAGAAUUCUUACCUGAAGGACGACCUGAACACCCACUCAUAUUAUUCCCGAAAGAUCAACGGGUUUUGUGCUGGUACUACCACAUCUACCAUACCGCGAGGUCAGACGAUGAACGUGCCUAUCAUCCUGUCAUGUUGGCAAUAUAUGGCAAGAGAUAUUGCCCUCGGGGAGAUGUCAUAGUCGUGAAAAAUGGAGAAGGAUUUACGCCCCAAUCAGCUGAAUUCGAUGUAGAGAGAGAAGAACUAGGCAAAACCUUAUGGUGGUACAUAAAAAGCGGGAUAGAUCCACUGAAAGAAGCACAAGAGAGGUGA